AUGCAAGCAGUUGAUACGCAAACACAGCCCUACCAGGACCCUCGGCGUCAGCCGCGCCACCCUCACGAUGUGCAGGCUACCGGUUAUCAACUUGCGCCUUCUACCGGCAAUUUCCUAAUGCCAGAUGCGCAAGGCACAUUUACGUACUCUGCAGAACCGGCAUCCAUGGUUUACGAUGGGUCCAUGGUAUCGCAUCCCUCGUCCAGCACCCCUGGGCAAGACUCCAUCUUCACUCCAAACGUUGGAUCCUCUCUCGACUCUUCCUUAAAUCCGGAUAUGUCAUAUCCCCCACCGAAUGUCUACAGCCAAUCUCAAAACUACGGUUUCUCUCCAGGAUCCUACUACGGAAACGGCCAGAAUAUCUCACCCUCGCAUUCGAUCGAUCACAUCAGUCCAGAAGCUGGCUAUAUGAGCGAUCCAAAUUAUCACGAUCCAAGCACCUACGCUACCCCGAACUUUAACGGACACGUUCUUGACGAAUUCUCCGGCCUAACGUUUGCUGAGAACGGUUCAACCAGCAAUUUUCCGGCGUUCCAGGAGCAUGUCGACAUGUCAGCCCUGACCUCAGGGUCUCUCAAUACAUACAACGCCCAGCCGAGCGUUCCCCUCAGUAAUACUUCACUAAACCCACACCAUCAAUUGCUGUCCCCAAGUGCGACAAACAAUUCUAGUCCAGCACUUGGUGAUGAGAGCUCAGCGUUCCCCUCCAUGCAGUACAAUGGGAAUAUGUCGACGCCACCAAAUCACGGCACUCAUCUACCUCAAGCAACUCCAAUCAAGCAAACACAUAGCCCAGCCCUGACAAACAGUUCCGGAGAUCUAUCAAUGGCAAACCCUCGGCCUCUCACACGACAUCUGACGAGCCCCAUUGUGCGUGUAGAGAAUUACAGUAGAGAAGACUCACCUUCACGUUCCGACAACAGCAUGCCUGCCAGCAGGCAGAGCUUUAGCAGCCGCCGUUCUGGCAACCACUUAUCACCUUACGCCCAUAACGAAACCUCUGAUGAGGAAGGGGACUCGCAGGAGCACGUACACGUGCGACCAGUCGUCCGCGGACCUGAACGCAAUGAUGACGGUUCAUGGUUGCUAACAGGGGAUUCUGGGCAGAGCGGCAUUAAUCCCGACGAUCGACGUCGGAUGGGCGACGCGUGGAUUCCCAGCAUAGAGGAGAUUGCAGAACAACGAUCGAAGAACGAGAAGAAGCUGGAAGUACAAGAGUGGCUCACAAAGAGUGAAGUUGGCAGCGAAGCAGGCGAUGUGGGACCAUCAAACAAUCUGCUCAAGCCAAUCACGGGUAGACGUCGAGCAAAGAGUCACAACGACGUUCAACGGCGGGCCCUCCCAAAUAGCUUCGGACUGGGUGUUCGUACCGACUUCGAUCGUAUAGACGACUCGGGUAUACCUGGGCCUGGCGUGUAUAUUGACGAACGAAGCGAUUACGGCGACUACGACUACGAUGACGAUGAAUCGGCAGAACCCGAAUCUCCACCCGCUGCGAUCGACGUCAAUGCGAGCCACGUCGAGAAUUCGUACUUUCCCCUCACGCAAGAAUCUAUAUCAAAGGAUGGUGCUGUUAUAAAACCAUGGGUAGAUGGACCCUCGCAACCCCAUCCUCCAAACACUUCGGCUCGAUACCAGCCGCCCACAUCGAAUGCUGCAAUGAUGCGCUUCUUGGUGCGAUCGAAGGACGUCGAACAAGCUUCACUUGCAGCUACGGUUGGUUCACGGCGUCUCAGCGAAUCUGACAUUGGUAGUAUCCGUGCAGCUCCAGGUGUCAUCAAGGUCAUUGAACCUGAGCCGAGGAAGAGCAAAGAGCGACAACGUCGCCCCAGUUUCUUAGAGAAUAUCCUGCCCAAGCGUACACCAAGCAAUCUGCUACUUAAACGUAAAGGUAGCAUACCUGUACAACAGUCCGACACGGCCUCGGACAAGUCCAAAGAACCGAUCAUCGAGAAGCCAAAGCGCAUAGGUAGCUGGGGUCGUCCGAAGUCGCCUCGAGUUGAUACGAACCUGAGCAAUCACAGCAAAGAAGCAGAGCCGCGUAGUUCUAUGGGUUUAUCUGCGGCUGCUGGACCAUGGUACAAAGGUCCCAGGAACGUUAUCAAACGCAGCCGGAGUAGGAGUGAUAUCGGUCGGUCGCCAGGACUGGCUGAGCUGAUGACACAGCAUGGAGGCCCACCUAUGCCCAUGCUAGCCUCACCGCUUGCAGAUACAGAGGCGACGAAGCCAUCUGCACAGCCAAGCCCAGCGGGAGAUGACGACGACGACGAUCAAGACCCCGUCAGUAUGGAUCUCACGGUCCGCAUGGAUCCUAUUAUUCCGACGUACGACGGCUUCAGGGCUCAUGCUAGACAACUCAACCCUCGUCUAGCUGACUUUAUGGUUGAGCGCAUCACCCAAGAACAGAUGCGCAGAUACAAAAGGCUAUUAGAAUUCAAGGUCAAGCAUCUCAACGCCGUGCAGCACAAGAACUGUGCGUCAAGAGGGUUUUGCACCGAUCUUGGUGGCGAAGCAAAGCAGCUUCCUCCGAAAGCAGGGGCUAAGGAUGCCGAUACCCCCUUCAUCGGUUUUCAGGUUACCUUGCCUGGUUCUUCUGACGAUGAUGGUGAGCCUCCUAUGGAAGGAAAUGUCGCUCCUGCUGCAUUCCCUUCUGGUGUACCACUUCCUCCUGUCAAACGUUUACCAGCUGAGUUCGAAUGCCCCCUGUGCUUCAAGGUCAAGAAGUUCUACAAGCCAUCCGACUGGACCAAGCAUGUACAUGAAGACGUGCAACCUUUUACAUGCACCUUUCCCAAUUGCGGUGAACCCAAGUCAUUCAAGCGUAAGGCAGACUGGGUUCGACACGAGAACGAGCGACAUCGCCAGCUAGAGAAUUGGACAUGCCAGAUCGCUGAUUGCAACCACACAUGCUACCGCAAGGACAACUUUGUGCAACAUCUUGUUCGUGAGCAUAAGAUAGCUGAGCCACGACAACGUACCCGAGCCGCUAACAAAGAUACACCAACUACUGGCGAUCAAGAUGAUAUCUGGGCCAUUGUUGAACGAUGUCGUCGUGACACCACUAAACAGCCGAAGGAUGAGCCUUGUCGGUUCUGUGGUAACAUCUGCAACAGCUGGAAGAAACUGACCGUUCACUUGGCAAAACACAUGGAGCAGAUCAGCAUGCCCAUUCUCACCCUUGUGGAUCAGAAGCAGCUCAAUGCAGACAGCAUCAUCAGCCCAGUGGUUGAGUUGCCCGAGAGCCGCAAGUUAUCCAUCACUCCAAGCCGCUCGCCAGUGGACAACCCAUCGAGGUACAACCCUAAUGCAACGUAUGCGCCUGGUAUCGACCCCCAGAGUCUCUACCCUCAAGAAUCGAAAUCUCAAACAGGAUCCACGGGAAUGCAAACGUACCCGCCACCACAAAUGGCACCACCAUCGACUCAAACUAGCAGUUAUGCUAACUAUGCGGCAAGCAAUGCUGCGUACCACACAAAUCAGACCUAUCCAGGCCUACAGGUUCCUCGGAAGCCACUCAAUGGCUAUGCGAACGGACUCCAAAUUCCAAAUCAGCCAUAUCAUAAUGGAAACAUGCAAAGCGGAGUACAGCAAUAUGGCAUGAAUCCUGUUAGUACCGUCCAACAACAGCAGUCGAUGUACACAGACUCUCCGGUCGACACCACGAUUACACCUUUUCCUUCCUACUACACACAAGAGCCACAGGGCUUGACGACUGAGAUGUCUAACAUGGGGUUUGACACCAACAACACCAUGCAUUAUCAGCAGGGCAGCACCUACCCCGCCAUGUCGUACUUGACCGCGCAACACAAUUAUCAAUACCAGCAUCAGCAGUAG